AUGGCCGAACCAAGCACUCCUGACGGUGGUCCUGAUCACGCACCUCCCAGUCUCCCUCCCGGAUGGUGCUAUUACUUCGUUCAAAUAUCCACGGGCGAAUCAACGUGGGACGUACCAACGAGCGCAGCGCCACAAGUACCGUCACCAAGCGCAACACCAGUCCCGACUUUCAAUCCGUAUCCCGCACCGAACGGCGACAUGUCGGGAAAAGAGGGCAAUCUUGCUUCUUCGUUCCUGGGAGGUAGCUCUUCGCAAACCAGCGGAAUCGGCGGUGUGGCCGGUCAGCUCGCCCAACAAUUUCUGGGCGGACAUUCCUCCAGCAACCACAACAAUACCAGCCACAACCACAACAACACCAACAACAGUAACGGCGGCGGCGGCAGUGGCAGCGGCGGAGGAUUUGGCAGCCUCGGCAACAUGGCUAGUAGCUUCCUAGGCGGCCACAACAAGCCUCAGCACGGCAAUGGUGGCUCAAACCCCUACGGCUACUCCAACAGUGGUUCUUCAGGCUCGACAUAUUCGGGAACUGCACCUCCGAAUUCUUAUCAACCGCCAGCAGCGCAGACCUCGGGCGCAGGAGCUUAUUCGUCGUCUACCAGUUCUUAUUCUGGUACGGGACAGCAGCAUGGCGGACCUCAGCAGCAUUCUAAUAGUCAGCACGAUCAAUCCGGCCCUACAAACCAGGGUAGUUCCGGAUACGGCCAGUCAGCUCAUCAGUCUCAGCAAAAUUCUGGACCUCCACAGACGCAUUAUGGCCAGGGUACUCCGGGCCCAGGCGGCUAUGGCAAUGGCCCAGGUCAUCAACAGGGUGGCAACAGUGGUCCGCCGAACUACAAUCAAGGUGGUAACCACAACGCGUAUCCUCAGGGACAAUACAACCAGCCCCCUGGUGCAUUCAACCAGUCUCAACAGUCAAGCUACAAUCAAUCUGUACCCCCAGGCGGAUUUCCUCCCCAACAAGGCUCAUACGGAGGCGGCACGCAGUCUUACCCCAACCCUUCUCAUGGAGGGCCGCCACAAGGUCAGAAUCAGAACCAACCGUACCAAGCUUAUCCUGGUCAGUCUUCGCAUAACCAGGGUGCUGGUUAUCCUGGCGCAUCGCAAAGCAACUACGGUGGGCAGCAAUAUCAGUCACAGCCGCCCAAUCCCGGUUGGUGA